AAAACUUGCUGGAGGAGCUACAGUGUCAUGUCAUUCUGAUUCACUUACCAUUAAACUGUAUGAUGCGGCGGUUCCUCACUGGAAUUACGCUAUGAGGACCAUAAAGGAGUGAUUUAGGUCAACAACGGCAAUUCAAUAAUAAAACCAAAAAAAAAGUUUGGAUGAAAGUGGCUUUGAUUAUUUAGCCGAAAAAAAAUAUACAUAUAAAUAUUAAACAGUGCAUAGUCCUUACUAAUGUAGCCUAGCUUAGUAACACCCAAUCUUCUGGUUGCCAAGGAAACAAAGCGCCCUGCUCGUUUUUGUUUAAGGCAGCCAUGUUUCCGUGAUGGCAAUGGGAAUUUCCCUCCGAAUAACUUAAGCUACGAGCCUCUCGUUUCUACCAACUAAAUUAAAGCUGAGCGAAAGUACCAGAUUAAUUGUCUUAAAGCAUAUUAGUCAACAAUUACUGGAUCCCAGGUUUGACAGCUAGCUCACUAAAACUGGUGUUACUCUGUGAAAUUUGUGUAAAGUUUAUGUCAUUACCGUCAGCCCACAAAGUAAGCAUAAAUCUGUAUCUUUUUUAAACUUUUUAUUAAUAUAUCAAAUUACUAGUAUUUCUCAAGACUACGGUACUUUGUGCGUGUUGCUUCCGGGACUGGACCGUCUUAUUUUGAAGGGGGAGGGAGGAGGCUGAGGACCAGCGGGCUGCUCUCAGAUGGAGCACCAGGGCUCCGGGAGCUCAGGGCGCACGGCGGACCCGGAGUGAAUGGCGCUAGUGGAUGGACGCUGCUCCCCGGUUCAGGCUGUUCACGGCACGGCCAUGAAAGGCACCCAGGAGCCAGAUCCACGUGAGCAGCACAGAGGCCCAACAAAAGAGGAGGGGGAUGAGGACGAGGAGGGGGAGAAAGUGCAUGUGUCAGUUGAGGGAGAGGAGAGGGAGCAGGACGGGGAGGAAGAAGAGGAGGAGGAGGAAAAGGAGGAGCUGCCAUACCCCUCUCUAGCACCAGUGGUUCUUUUGGCUCUGACCCAAACCAGCCCGCCUCGCUCCUGGUGCCUUCGAGCUGUCUGCCACCCAUGGUUUGAGCGCGUGAGCAUUUUGGCCAUCCUGCUGAACUGUGUGACUCUAGGGAUGUUCCAGCCUUGUGACCACACCCCCUUCCUGCUGCAGGCUCUGGAUGAUGGGAUCUUUGUGUUUUUUGCCGGGGAAAUGCUGGUGAAGAUGGUGGCUCUUGGGGUCAUAGGUCAGAAUGGUUACCUAGGCGACACAUGGAACAGAUUGGACUUCUUCAUUGUUAUAGUGGGAAUGCUGGAGUACUCGCUUGAUGGACACAACGUCAGCCUAUCAGCUAUCAGGACCGUCCGUGUUCUCCGCCCACUGCGAGCCAUCAACAGAGUUCCCAGUAUGCGUAUCCUGGUGACUCUCCUACUAGACACACUUCCCAUGCUGGGCAACGUGCUGGCACUGUGUUUCUUUGUCUUCUUCAUCUUCGGCAUCGUUGGCGUGCAACUGUGGGCGGGGCUGCUGAGGAACCGCUGUUUCAUGGGAGAGGAUGUCAAGAUGAGAUAUAACAUUUCCUUCCUGAGUGGCUACUAUCGGCCAGAUGGCACCGAUGACCAUCCCUUCAUCUGCUCAACUGAAAGAGAAAAUGGGAUGCUUCGCUGCUCUGAUGUGCCUCGCCGCCGUGUAGCUGGGACUUCCUGCUUCCUGGGCGCUGAUGAGGCCCAUGCAGAGAUGGGACCUAGAGUGGAUGAACCAGUGCCAUGUGUAAACUGGUUCCAGUUUUACAAUGAGUGUCGAGCUGGGGAAUUAAAUCCACACAAAGGAGCUAUUAACUUUGAUAACAUUGGAUAUGCAUGGAUCGCCAUUUUUCAGGUAAUUACUCUAGAGGGUUGGGUAGACAUCAUGUACUACGUUAUGGAUGCACAUUCUUUCUACAAUUUCAUCUACUUCAUCUUCCUCAUUAUAGUGGGCUCUUUCUUCAUGAUCAACUUGUGCCUAGUUGUCAUAGCAACCCAGUUUUCUGAAACGAAGCAGAGGGAACACGCCUUAAUGAAAUCGGAGCAGCGCGCCCGCCAGCUCCACCAAUCAGCCUCCACGCUGGCCAGUGACAGCCAACCAGGAAGCUGCUACGAGGAGAUCAUCCGCUACCUGGCGCACCUGGGUCGCAAGGCGUGGCGACGACUGUCCCGCUGCUAUGCUCAGACGCGCACGCACUUUCAUUGCGUGUGCAUAUGCCAAAAAGGCAGAGGUGGCGGAGCUGCCAGAGCGGGCGGCGUCGGGGAAAUGAACGGACUUGCCCACCGACACUCCGGCCACGCUCCCAAUGACCUGUCACACCUUCAUCAGCUUUAUCAUCAUCAUCACCAGCAUCACCACCAGCAUCAUCAGCCUCAGUCUGAGCCUGCUGUCAGUAACGGAGGGAAUGGUUUUAAUUAUCCCUUCAUUUCGCCCCUCUUCAGUCACUUGGAUCCAAAGGGCUGGAACCAGAAGAGGCUGGCUGCCACAGAGACUGUCAACAGACUGCCACAGCUAGUGGCAGAGCAUGGUGGAUGUGCUGGGCAUCCUGUAUUACCGCUACCAGGUGAAGUCCCAGGAGAGUCUUCAGUAUGCCCGUACUGCAUCUAUUACAACCAACUUAACGAUGGUGAAAAUGUUAACGAUCAGACUGAAGACCAGCAUCAUGGCUACAGCAACUCAUGCCAUGGCAACAGCCCGUGUCAUAGUAACAGCCCGUGCCAUUGUGGCAGCCCCUGCCGCGGUGAUGCACAGGUGUCUGAGCCAAAGACAAGGCUGUGCAAGCGUUGCUGGGCGGGACUCCGAACUAAACUCGAUCUCAUUGUUGGCAGCAGAUACUUCAGCAGAGGAAUCAUGAUUGCCAUCCUUAUUAACACACUGUCGAUGGGCAUAGAGUACCACGAACAGCCGCAGGAGCUGACAGAUGUUUUGGAGAUCAGUAACAUGGUGUUCACAAGUCUGUUCAGUCUCGAGAUGCUGCUGAAGCUCCUGGCUCUUGGGAUCUUUGGCUACAUCAAGAACCCCUAUAAUGGCUUCGACAGCGUCAUUGUCAUCAUCAGUGUGUGGGAGAUUGUGGGUGAGGCAGAGGGAGGCUUAUCGGUGCUGCGUACCUUCCGUCUGCUGAGAGUUUUGAAGCUGGUCCGGUUCCUUCCUGCCCUGAGGAGGCAGUUGGUGGUGCUGAUGAAGACCAUGGAUAAUGUGGCCACGUUCUGCAUGUUGCUGAUGCUCUUCAUAUUCAUUUUCAGUAUCUUGGGGAUGCAUCUGUUUGGCUGUAAAUUUGGUUUGCGACACGACAGCGGAGACACUUUACCUGACAGAAAAAACUUUGACUCUCUGCUCUGGGCGACUGUCACUGUGUUUCAGAUCCUCACCCAGGAGGACUGGAACGCGGUGCUCUAUAACGGGAUGGCCUCCACCUCGCCGCUGGCUGCUCUCUAUUUUGUAGCCCUCAUGACCUUUGGCAACUACGUCCUCUUCAACUUGCUUGUAGCCAUUUUGGUUGAGGGCUUUCAAGCCGAAGGUGAUGCUAACAAAUCUGAGACAGAUGACGAGAGACAAUCCAUCUCUUAUGAGGAUGAGGAGAAGUUGAGAGAGCUGUAUGCUGCAGAGCUCAAGAUCCAGGCCAUGAUGUUGAGCCCCAAUGGUCUCCUGAACCCCAAAGCCUCCAUGCCCCACCCUCCUCCUCCUCCUCUGCCGGUCAUCACACACACUGCUGCCACACCCACCAUAAACUCCGUCCAGUCGCGCCGGGCGAGUGCAGCCUCCAUGGACAUCAACAGCAUUGAGCAGAGGUCUCCGCUGUCUUCACAGUCUUUGUGGGACGGCGGGCCAGAGAGCCGUCGCUCCAGCUGGACCAGCAUCGGCCGAGCCCCCAGCCUCCACAGGAAGAGCCAGUCGGGGGAGAUGGAGUCCCUGCUGUCCGACACGCACUCAAGCUCCAACUUCAGCAGCAGGGAGCAAUCUCUGGACCAGCCAGAGUACCUGCAGGUGCCUGCGCUCCACCCGCCCGACUGCAAUGGCACCACCUUUCACCUGUCCGACCUCUGCUACGACGACGCUCCUCUAACCACGCACUACCACAGCGACCAGGAGGACGACGAGACUGAAGAGAGUUUAUGUAAGAAGCUGAAGAAGAUACUGGAGCCAUAUGAGCCUCAAUGGUGCCUGGAGCAUGAAGAGUGGUCUCUCUAUCUGUUCGCUCCAUGCAACCGGUUCAGGUUGUGGUGUCAGAGGGUCAUAGGUCACAAGAUGUUUGAUCACGUCAUCCUCCUCUUCAUCUUCCUGAACUGCAUCACCAUUGCACUGGAGAGACCUGACAUACAGGCCAACAGCAUGGAGCGGGUGUUCCUCAGUGUGUCCAAUUACAUCUUCACUGUGAUCUUCGUGGGUGAAAUGAUGAUCAAGGUGGUAGCUAUGGGCCUGUACUUUGGACAUGGCGUGUACCUGCAGAGCAGCUGGAACAUCUUAGACGGACUGCUGGUGUUUGUGUCGCUCGUGGACAUCCUGGUCUCCAUCGCGUCAGCAAGUGGUAAUCGAAUCUUAGGAAUCCUCCGUGUGCUUCGUCUGCUCCGCACACUGCGACCACUCAGGGUGAUAAGUCGAGCUCCUGGUCUAAAACUGGUGGUGGAGACUCUGAUCACAUCUCUCAGACCCAUUGGGAAUAUUGUCCUCAUCUGCUGUGCUUUUUUCAUUGUGUUUGGAAUUCUGGGAGUCCAGCUCUUUAAAGGGAAGUUCUUCUACUGUGACGGGUUUGAUGUGAGUAACAUCACCAAUAAAACGCAGUGUCUGGAGGCAGGGUACCGCUGGGUUCGACGGAAAUACAACUUUGACAACCUCGGGCAGGCGCUGAUGUCACUGUUUGUGCUGUCAUGUAAAGACGGCUGGGUCAGCAUCAUGUAUGACGGCCUGGAUGCUGUCGGAGUGGACCAGCAGCCAAUAAGAAACAACAACCCUUGGAUGCUGCUGUUUUUCAUCUCUUUCCUCCUCAUCGUCAGCUUCUUUGUGCUCAACAUGUUUGUGGGCGUGGUGGUGGAAAACUUUCACAAGUGUCGCCAGCAGCAGGAGGAGGAGGAGGCGCGGCUGAGGGAGGAGAAGCGACAGAGACGUUUGGAGAAAAAGAGGAGAAGGGCCCAGGAGAAGCCAUACUAUGCUGACUACUCCCCACUGCGCCGAUCCAUCCACACGGUGUGCACCAGCAACUACCUGGAUCUCUUCAUCACCAUCAUCAUCUUCACAAACCUGCUCACCAUGAGCAUGGAGCACUACAACCAGCCUCAGUACUUUGAGGAGAUACUGAAGUACUGCAAUUAUGUCUUCACGGUGGUUUUUGUCAUCGAGGCAAUACUCAAACUGAUCGCUUUUGGCCUGCGCCGCUUUUUCAAAGAGAGAUGGAAUCAGCUGGACCUUGCCAUCGUGUUGUUGUCCAUCAUGGGAAUCACCCUGGAGGAAAUAGACCUGAAUGCUUCCCUCCCCAUCAAUCCCACCAUCAUACGCAUCAUGAGAGUCCUAAGGAUAACAAGAGUGCUGAAGCUGCUGAAGAUGGCUACAGGAAUGAGAGCUCUGCUGGACACAGUGAUACAAGCUCUGCCUCAGGUGGGGAAUCUGGGUCUGCUCUUCAUGUUGCUGUUCUUCAUCUAUGCAGCUCUGGGAGUUGAGCUCUUUGGAAAACUGGAGUGUUCAGAAGAAAACCCGUGUGAGGGUCUCAGUCGUCACGCUACCUUUGACAACUUUGGCAUGGCCUUCCUGACGCUCUUCAGGGUGUCUACCGGGGACAACUGGAAUGGGAUUAUGAAGGACACAUUGCGAGAGUGUCGUCCAUCAGAUCGCCACUGCCUCUCCUACCUUCCCCUGAUCUCCCCCGUUUACUUCGUCACCUUCGUCCUGACGGCUCAGUUCGUGCUGGUCAACGUGGUCGUGGCCGUUCUGAUGAAGCACCUGGAGGACAGCAACAAGGAAGCACAGCUGGAGGAGAUGGAGGAGAGGGAAGAGAGGAUGGAGAGGGAGAGGGAGAGGGAGAGGGAGAGGGAGGAGGCCAACCGACGCCUCAGCAACGUGUCUGUGGGCGGAGACCUGGGGCUGCAUGUGGACACACCUGCACAGGUGCAGGUUGAGGACGAGGAGGGUUCCCAUGGCAACCUGCUGAGCAUGGGACGCAUGCUGUCUCUCCCCAGCGACAGCUACGUUCAGCCACUCAGAUGCUCCCCUCAUCCUCCCAUUGGCCACGAGGCCUACUCUGGCUACAGCUACUCAGGCUCCAUGUCGUCUCUGGGCUCCAGUGGAGGCAGCUCGCUGCUGCAGGUUCCAGGGGCUCUGCCAACCAUCAGCCAUGCUUCCCUGGGGUCUGGACGCAGCUCGAGGCCAAAGAUCUUCCUCAGCACCUCUCAGAGCAUCGACAGAUAUUCUUCACACAGACUCAGUCCAGCUGACAGUAUAGAGGGAUACAAGUUUAGUCCGGCUCACAGAAUAAACAGACACAGACUCAACUCAGCUCAUAGUAUCGAUGGAUACAAGUUCAGCCCGGCCCGUCGAAUGAGCAGGCACAGACUCAGCUCCACUCAUAGUAUGGACGGAUACAGGCUCAAUCCAGACCACAACACGGACAGACCUAAACUCAUGUCCAGCCAUAGUAUAGACAGACAUUCCUCACUCAGACUGAGUCCCACCUACAGUGCCAGCAGACGUCCUUCUCAUUGGCUCAGUCCUGAAGACAGUUUAGACAGAAACAAGCUGAGUCCCUCGUACGUUCCAGAUAGUUCAGUCCUGAAGAGACCAGCAUCCUUCCGCACUGCAAGCAGACAGUUACGGAGACAGGAGGCUGUGCGCUCUGAUUCUCUGGAUCAGAGCGGCUCAGCUGAUGAUCUGGCAGAGCCUCACCUCACUGUGCCAGCCAUCUCUCCCACACCACCACGGCAGCGAUCCUCCAGUGUACACACACUGAAAUACACACACCCCCAGAGGGUCAUCUCAUGCAGGAGCCACAGCCGGAGCCACAGCGAAACCACUGGGCAAGAACAUGCACCUGAGCAGGUCGUCCGUGGCUCGCAGCCAGAAACAGAUGUCGAGAUGAGUUCUGUCAACCCGCAGAGCCUGUCCAGUCUGAAGGUCCCCAGUGGUGAAUCCACCCUAUCAGCAACGCUCUGUAGUCCCAGAGUGACCGGCCCUGGCCCUGGCCCCGGCCCUGGCCCCAGCCACGGCCUCGAUACCAGCCCCCAGUUAGACGACGCAGACGAGGAAGUCAGUCGCAUUAACAGUUCUGUUCACACGCACUCACACACACAACUUCCUCACAGCCCCUCACACAAAAGCAGACACCUUUCUCCGAGCCCCGGUGAGCACAGGAGCCGCCUCAGCCAAUCGGUGUCUCCGGUGUCUGACAGGAACAGGAAGCAGAGGAUGAGCCCGCCACCAGGAGAGGAGCCGGUCACUAUGGCAACCCAGCUGAUGGACAGCAGUGUGGAGCUGCGAAGGCGGACUCUGUCAUUUGAUGCCAUGACCCUCUCUCCUAACCAACCAGAGGGGAGUUCUGUGGACGACUAAACAGACUCGGUGACACUGGUUGGUUAUUCUCUGAAGUGAAGGAGCCUGAUGUGCUGCUGAAGCACACAAGAGGGGCAGGAGCCGCAAUCCAAAGCAGGAAGGGUACCUGUUUCCUGUUUUGGGCCCCGCCCCUCGCCUCGUCCCAUCCAAUCACAAGGUUUUCACAGGGUGUUUGAGCAGAACUCUUUCAGACUGUGUGUGUACGAGCGUGUAUGUGUUCAAUGACCCUUUGUGCUAUUUGCACACAAGAUGCACAAAAGAAUACAUUUCCUUUUCUUCUAUCAUAGUCUUAGCUUUAGUUCAGACAUAGUAGUCAUUCCCCUGCUAUAUUUACUCAAACUCUGACCUCCUCCUUGCUUGCUCUCCUCCUCCUGCCCUCACUCCCAUCCUUUUCCUUGCACCACAAGCCUUGGUCAGAGUACAAAACUAUCCGAAGGUGCUGCACGGAUCGAGUAACUGACUGAUCGGCUCGUGUGCACAAAGACAUGUUGACAAACAUAACAAGGGGCUGCAAAUCUGCUUCUUUUAAUCUGCAGAUUGAUUUCUUGCCGGACAUUUGAUCUGUUGGACUAAUAAUUAUAAAAUAAUUUCUGAAGGUGAUGUCUUCAGAUAACAUUUUUUGUCCCACCACAAGUCCAAAAUCCCAAAACGUUAAAUAUAUCACAAUAUCAAAAGGGAUUUGUAUUAAUUUUCUGUUGAUUGACUGACCAACCAACCAAUUUUUUCAGCUCGAUCAUCUCAUUCAGUUUUAUGAUCAUCAACUGUUCAAGUAAAAUGUCCUACUGUCGUGCUCCAUGGUGCACAAAUUAUAAUUUAUGUUUACAAAAACUGAUUUUUAAGCGAUAAUCUUAUAAAAGUCAAAGCUGACAAAGAAUUUUAUAUGUAAAUGCAUAAUUUGUAAUUGCACGCUAACACAGAUUACUGCAGGCUCUUAUUCCUUCAGAGCACAAAUUGGACAGCAGCUUGUUGCAACUGGAGCAAAAUCUCACUUAAUGGGAGCUGCGAUCUUUUACAGUCAGAUCAAACACUGAACUCUUUGCGAUGUUUGAGAGACCCACCCGGCCCUGACAGUCAGAAAUAAACAGUUUGCUGAUAAAGCCUCUUAGUUAAAAUCGUGUAGUGUGACCUUGGCUUUCAUAGUUUCUACCUCGCUUUUUCCUGAUCCCACCCGUUUGAAUGUUCAGCCAGUCUGGUUUCUCACCGCCCCCUUCUUUCCUUUUCUCUGUCUUAGUAUUCUCAGGGUAGAGGUAGUUCAGACGCAGGUGAGUAUCAAGCAUGCGAUCAGAGGUCUUCAGAGUUGGAGUGCCCCCUGCUGUCUGAAGCUGGAACUGGCCUGUCUCUCCUGAUGUUUGAAGACAUUAUACUGUACGAGUGACGGGUGCAGGGUGAAAUUUAGACAGAGGCAGGUGUACAGAAGGGCUUAUUCAGGUGAUAUAACGGCGUGUAAAACUUUGUAGGCUAAGAUUAUAUUUUAAUAACGCAGCAGCGAUGAGAUGAGAAUUAUAAAGGUGAAUUUCUACAUUUUUGAAUGUCAAUUUAUCUGCUGGAGCUGGUGAUAAUGAGGAUGGAUGAUGUCAGCGUUAUAGGAUGUUUAUUAUGACGACGAUGACGACUACAGAUGAUGCAAAUGUUCAUAAUAUUGUAUAAUGUUCUGCAGAAUGAAAGCAGGGAAUGACACACGGUAAACUCACCUGCAGUUAAAUUAUUGGACAGUGCUGGAAUAAAACCACUUCCUGUCUGACUUUCAUUUGACUUCAUAACCUUGUGUCUAAAUCUGUUCUUUCCCCCUAUAUAAAGAGGUUA